CCGAACGGAAAAGAGCCACCAAAGGCAGUAACGGCGUUCCAUACAAGAGGGCGAAUGUUCUUUGGGGCCUAGUGUAGGCUUUGUAGGAUUAUUGCAAAGAGUAUAUAAAAUUGUGACACUUUUUUCGUUGCUUGGCACGGCUACUAGUGUAGUAAUAGAAUAUUUUAUAUCCAAGCACUGAUGAUCUUAGGUCUUUGGCCUAAACUUUGCAUAAGAAGAUGGCAUUAGUAAAGGUUGGAGAAAAGGCACUGGAAGCUGUAAAGGCUGUGGGAUCCACCAAACUAAUACAGCACAGACCACCUAAGAGGAAAGUGUUAGAUGAAGAUGCAUAUAUUACAGAUCUUGAGAAAAUUAUCCAGAGAGAUUUUUUUCCAGACCUUGAGAAAUUACACUCCCAAGUAGAGUACAUGGAAGCCAGAGACAAUAAUGAUGUCACUAAAAUGAGAGAGAUUGCAAUCAAGCUACAAGCUUCAACUGUACACAGGCAACAAACAAACACACCUGCACAAUUUGAGCAGGCUGUUACCCCAGCAACAUUUGAGACUCCUGAUAUGAAUGCUAAAUCACUUCAGACACCCACAGCAGACAGAGGGGGUGUAGAUAGACUGAUCAGCAAUCCAGAGCCAAGUACAGCCAAAGACAUCCAGGAAACAGAGAAAGAUAAAGGAAACUCCAAUACUGACUUAUCAUUGGAUAGAUACUUGAGCAAUUAUACAAGUGAAGAUAAUGCUUCAUUUGGAGACCUCAUGGAAGCUGCAUCUGACCGCCGUCGGGAAAAGAAUGCAUGGUUAUACGAAGAGGAAAAGCGUCUAAAAAAGGAGAGUGAGCAUCUGCUGAUGUUAAAUGGGCCAGAAUCACUGGCAAUAGAGGGCUCUCCAGCAGCUGGCCUCAACUCAUGGACUUACAAAGCUAAAAAUUCUUUGAUGUAUGUGCCAGAUGGAGUUGAAGACACUGCAGAGGAAAAGAUAAAUAAAAAAUCUAAAGAAAGGGAGAUUUUGUAUGAGAACACACGAUUCUUAUGUAAUCCUCAUCGAAAUAGUGCCCAGUUGGAAGCUAAGGCACGAGCAAUAGCCAGCAAAGCUGCAAUGAAACAAGGGAAGAUUGGACAUGAUGGGAAAGAAAUUUUAGAAUCAGAGACACCAAGGGUUAAAGGUUAUGGAUUUGUAUCAGCACCAUCACCAGUACCUGGCGUUCAUGAUUCACCAUUAAUGACAUGGGGUGAGAUUGAAAGUACACCAAUGAGACUUGAUGGUUCACAGACACCUGUCACCAAAACCCUUGGAUUUAAGAUGCCAAAAAAUCCCAGGCGGGAGGAAUUGGCACGUUCAUUGGUGGAGAAAAAUGCAAAACAGCACAGAGCUAAAAAAGAAGCUGCUCUAAAAAAUGUUACGCAAAGAUUCACAAGCCCAAGUUUUGGAUCUCUGAACAGUGUAGAAAGAAUAAGGACGUUAUCACCAGCAGCCCAGCGUCUAGUGAACAGGAGAACUAAAGGCACAGACAAAGCAUUAAGAGCAAGCUACACACCAUCACCCCAAAGUGCACGAAAAAGUGAUAAAACACCUAUUUUACAAGCCACUCCAAAAGGCACACCCGUACAGACACCUGUAGCAACAUGUAGUGGGACGUCUGGUGGUACACCUGGUAAUUUUAAUAUAGCAAGCAGCAAUUCUAGUCUUACAGAUAAUCUUCUUGAUUUGCCAAGGCGAGAUUCAAGAAAAAAGGCAACAGAUUUCUUCUAACAUUUCUAUUGAAUUAUAUUUAUUAUUAACAUUAAGCCAAUUUUUAGAGAAAAAAAAAACAAAUAAAAAUUUAUUAAAAAUCCUGA